AUGAUCAAGAUUAUAUUGUAUCGAAUUUAUAAAGUAAUAGUAACAUUGGCAUCAAUUGUCAUAUUUGUUCAAGGUGCUUUAUCCAUUGUGAUAUACCAGUAUAUCAUUAACUUUUUCUACAGGGGCAAUCUCGCCAAACGGCAAAAGUACCUCAAUAAGACUAAGAAGCGGUUUAUUCUGUUGUUGGUGACGAUUUUAUCAAUGGUUGCGCCUUCCCAAGUCAGAAUCACGUCGGAGAAUAAAAGCAUUCCUAAGGGAAGCAUAUAUAUGGAUAGGAAAAAGGGGCGGUUGGUGUCUAAAGCACGCUCUAAUGCUGUUGUUAUAGCCAAUCACCAGAUAUAUACUGAUUGGGUGUUCUUAUGGUGGUUGGCUUAUGCUUCAAACCUAGCUGGCGAUGUCUACAUUAUGUUAAAGAAGUCGUUAGAGUCGAUACCGUUACUGGGUAAAGGUAUGCAAAACUACAAGUUUAUCUUCAUGAACAGAAAAUGGGAGCAGGAUAAGAUAAAUUUGACCAAUAUUUUGAACGAGUUAGAUCUAGACGCCCGCGGUGUCGGACUUAUCGAUGGAAACACUCCAGUUAAUAAAACGGAGGAAGGUAUAUAUGAAUGGGACGAGACAAAGGUUGUGAGACCGGGAGAGAAGUGGCCAUAUUGGUUGAUUCUCUUCCCAGAAGGUACAAAUCUCAGUGCUGGUACUAGAGCCAAAAACAAUCAAUAUGCAGCCAAGAAUGGCCUCAAACCCUUCAGACAUGUCUUACUCCCAAGGACUACAGGCUUGAAGUUUUGUUUAAAACAGCUUCGGAAAAGUUGCGAGUAUGUUUAUGAUAUAACGAUUGCGUAUUCGGGCAUAAAUUCUGAUCAAUAUGGUCAGGACAUCUAUAAGCUAGGAAAUAUAUUCUUGAAAGGGGAGUCGCCAAAACUUGUCGAGAUUUACAUCAGAGCUAUAAAGCUUGAAGAUAUACCCUUAGAGGAUGACGAUAAAUUUCAAGCAUGGCUAUUCGAGGUUUGGAAGUUCAAAGAUGAUUUGAUGGACACAUAUUAUAAAACAGGAAACUUUGGAUUAGAUCUUGAUCUUAACUCCUCUGUAACCGGCCCUUGUAGGGUUAGUGUUAUGUCUGUCAUUUCAAUUUUGCUCUUCCCAGUGUUGACACUGAUUCCAUUAAUUUAUCUUUUAUUCACAAAGUUGCACUCUCUCUUACCUGCUCACACUUAG